UCUACUUUCUUAUAACGCUCCAAGAAAUAACAAGAUCAGUCGUAAAACCGAGUGUUAAACUGAGUGGUUAAGGCAUACAUUCGGUUAUCAAAUAUUAAAAGCAGGACAAACAUGAUCCGUAAUUUAAAGCCAUCUGAAAUAUUUUACUCACAGGAUUCAAUCAACAAUGUAUUUGAUAGAAGGUCACAACACUGGAACAUACGGAUUGGUGAAACUCUGGAUGAUAUUUGUGAUGGGAGAUGCAGCGUCCUGUCAAUACCUCUAAUUGCCGUAAAGUCAGAAGGCGAAAAAUGGGUAACAGCGGACAACCGUCGACUGUGGUUAUUCAAACAACUAGAGCGUCUCGGAAAAAUAGAAACGAUCAACGUGUAUAUAAUCGAGUACAUACCACCGGCGAAAAUGACGUCAAAUAACGGUGGAGUGUCCAUAAGGGUGAGAGGGGCGCCUGGUGGGCGGUGGUAUUUGGAACCCGAUAAGCUGUCAAAACAAAAGGAACAGAAGACUUAUCUACUCAAUGCACAUUCAGGGAGUGUAACAACUAAUUUGCGUAACACGAACAGGCGUCCAACAACAGCUUGUUCUGAAACAAAUAAGAAUAAUAUUGAUUCAUUGCUUGAGAAAAGCUCAUUCAUGUAUAAACCCUCGUCUGCAAACCAAUACGUACAAGACGUUUUACCAAAACAACGUAACCUCGCUAUCAUCCGAGAAGAUGAGGGCCAUAAUAAAAGAGAAAACAAGCCUUCCCCUACAGCAAGACAAUCCGUACAUGACGAAUCACUUAAACCAUGUACCAACGCUAUCGCCCGAAAAUACGACGGCCACAACAGAUUGGCAGACAAACAAUCCUCUACAGCAAGCCAAUCCGUAAAUGACGAAUUACUAAAACUACGUACCAACGCUAUUGUCCGAAAAGACGACAGCCACAACAGCUUGGCAGACAAACAAACCUCUACAGCAAGCCAAUCCGUACUUGACAAAUUACUAAAACAACGUACCCGCGCUUUCAACAGAGAAGACGACAUCAUUCACAAGAGGGCAUUCAAACAAUCCUUCGCAGCAAGCCAAUCCGUAAAUGACGAAUUACUAAAACUACGUACCAACGCUAUUGUCCGAAAAGACGACAGCCACAACAGCUUGGCAGACAAACAAACCUCUACAGCAAGCCAAUCCGUACUUGACAAAUUACUAAAACAACGUACCCGCGCUUUCAACAGAGAAGACGACAUCAUUCACAAGAGGGCAUUCAAACAAUCCUUCGCAGCAAGCCACUCCGUAUAUGACGUAUCACGUAAUCAACGUACCCAUCAAUUCGCCCGAGAAGACGAGAGUCAUAGUACAAUGACAAACAAACAAUCCCCUACAUAUAUCCCAGCCGUAAAUGACAAACGACAAAGCCACACUAUCGCCCGAAAGGACGACAGCAACAACAGAAGGGCAUUUAGACAAACAUGUGCAGCAAACCACUCUGUACAUGACGAAUCACUUACUUGCGCUUCCCCCCGAGAAGACGACAGCUUUAUCAGAAGGCGUGUAAAAAACUCCUCUUCAGCAAGCCAAUCCGUUCAUGACGAGUUACUGAAGCAACGUACUCGAGCUAUCUACAUGGAAGACGAUAUUAUUCAAAGAAGGGCAUUUAAACAAUCAUAUGCAGCAAGCCACUUCGUACAUGAAAAAAUACCUAAUCGACUUGCCCGUGCUAAUGUCCGAAAAGACGACAGCCACAACAGAAGAGCAGAAAAGCAAUCCUCUUCAGCAAGCAAAUACGUACAGGACGACCUCUUCUCAGCAUACCCAAUCAAUAGCUCGUAA